UAGCUUCUCUUUGAGGCGUCACUUCCGUGUCCUCCCUAGCAAAGCAAGAUGGCGGCCGUCGUAGAGAGAGUUGAUGGAUGUGUUGGGUCCUUGGACUCUGACACGGUGUCACCGAGACAGCCCAGCCCUCCUCCGGACCAGCCGCACCAGAACAAUCCGCUGUUAGGACUGCCAAUUGUGGCCAUUGAGACUAUUCUCAAUUUUCUGUCUUACGAUGAAAUCAGCCUGCUGCGCUCGGUGUGUAAGCGCAUGGACAUGAUCUGCCAGCGUGUCUUAAAUCAGGGCUUCCUGAAGGUGGAACGUUACCACAGUCUGUGCCAGAGGCAAGUCAAAGCCCAGCUGCCCAGGCGAGAGUCAGAGAGGAGAAACCAUUCACUGGCCCGUCACGCUGACAUCCUGGCUGCUGUAGAGACACGCCUUUCUCUGCUCAACAUGACCUUCAUGAAAUACGUCGACUCCAACCUCUGCUGCUUCAUCCCUGGAAAGGUGAUAGAUGAGAUUUACCGCGUGCUCCGCUAUGUGAACUCCACUAGAGCCCCCCAGCGAGCUCAUGAGGUGCUGCAGGAGUUGAGGGAUAUCUCCUCCAUGGCCAUGGAGUACUUUGAUGAGAAGAUUGUACCCAUCCUGAAGAAGAAGCUCCCGGGAGCCGAUCUGUCCGGCCGCCUCAUUGGCUCUACACCAGUGGCAGGUCCAUCUACCUCCCUGACCACCAUGUCCCUCCUGGCCAAGAACACACCAUCCCGCUCUGAGAUGACCAAGGUGCAGCAGCAGGUGAAGGUGAACGGGGCGUCAAUGACAGUACUGCGAAGGGAGAUGCAGGAAAUUCGUGUCAAGCAGUUGGAGCAGCAGAAGCAGCUGCAGGAUCAGGAACAGAAGCUGCUGGAACAGACCCAAGUGAUCGAGUCGCGUAGCCGAACCGAGGUGAACGAAGUUAGACGUGGUUGUCAUGGCUGAAGCGACAAAGAAAAGGAAGAAGGUGAAGGUGUUGUCCGAGGAGACAAAGAAAAGAAAAUGGGAGAGCGAUAAAACGAGCUCAAACAAGGAUUAAUAUUGGCCUGGCUUUCACAUGCUGGCAAGAGCUGAAAGAGGAGGAGGGCUGCCCAACCGAUGGUGACCUGGCGCUGCUACUGCUGUUACCCCCUCUCCUUAGGAGACUCACUGUCUGCAGGUCGGCUGACUCAGGUACAUUUUAAGAUAAAGUGUUAGCCUACAUACAGACAGCUUUCAUUUUAGUUUGUCUUUAACAGUUUGCUGUUAGCACUGCGAGCGCGAUGUAUUUGUGUCGACACUGCGAUCCUAAAUCAUAAUAGCGGUGAAUGAGAGACUGCGGAGAGAGUAGAUUGAAAUAUGGCUUUCUACACGCUGAUCACAUGUAUUGAUAAAGUAUUGGCUUGGCUGGCAGAGGUUUUAUUGCACUUACUUACAGUAACAAGCGUAGCUGUCGUCAACUAGAGUAAUCUUGAAGUUAUAUUCCCCUCAUCUGCACCGUGGCCUCUCUGCUGUUGUCUGACUUCACUCGGAGUUUGUGUGUCUGUGUGUGCGCCUGCGCCUGCACGCGCUGUGAGGAGGAGGAGGAGGAGGUCAGCCCUGACAUGCAGAGAGCAACUCAUUUCUGAGUUUCGGCCUAAUCAUGUAUGUACAAAAUGCUAUAAGGCUACUUUACCUGUUCUGAAGACAUGGUGAUCGCACAUUACACGGCCAGCUUCAGGAAGUUCAGCGGUAUUGUUGGCUUGUCAACAAAUGCACGCGCAGAAAGAUAUUUGCGACAGUUGUAACAGACAAUACCGUUUUUGUCUGUAGGGGGACCCCAUGAGAUAAAACGAGCAAUCCUACAUUGUGUUGCUUUAAAAUAAAUAAGCAAUUGAUCUUCUCUAGUGCUUAACAGUUACUAUACAGAGCAGGGCUAAUAAUGUUUUAAUUGUGCGACAGCAAUGACAUAAUUAACGGCACUGAUAUUUUAGAUUUAGUCUUAGUCUUGAGAUGAAAAUUCUUAUUAGUUUUAGUCACAUUUUAGUCAUUUUAAUCCUUUAUAGUUUUAGUCAAUUCAAAUUUAAAACAUUUUAGUCAACUUUUAGUAAAUAUUUAUAUAUAUAUUUUCUAUAUGUUUUUUAAUCUUUAAACCAAUCCAGUGAGGCUAACUCUGAAAUUAGAAUCAAGGUGACAGGUUGUAUAAAAAUUUCCUUCAGACAAUUUUUUUCUACAACUACAAGUCAUUUCUACACACUUAAAAACUGUCAUUUCUCCAGCAGUUUUUGACAGGUUUAAGGGGUGAUUUACGCACUUACUCAUUUUACACACUUACUGAUCAUCAUUUGAAAAGCUCAACAUCUCUCUAUUUUUAUUUACUUUGACACCACAAAUAACUAAUCUGAGACAAUUAGGAUUUGUACCCAGGUUCACUGUAAACUCUGACUAAUUGAUCUCACUGUUAAGGGCAGUGAGCUGGUGGUGCUUUAAGCUAAAUGCUAACAUUCACGCAAAACAGGUAUAAUAUUGGUGCGUUCCAUUUGUACUGGGAAGUCGGAAUCUUUUAGUUUCCACUUUGAAAUGUCAAAUGGAACGACUACUUAAGUCAGAGGAACCUCACCAACCCUGACCUCAAAGUCCAAUAUGGCUGCCCCACUCAUCACCAUGAGUGAAAGAGUUUAUUAGCACUUGUGUCUUAUUUGUGUCUCCAUAAAACUGUCAUGCACACAGUCCUGUCCAACUUCAAUUUGUGGACAUGUUCAAUCAAUCAAUUUUAUUUGUAAAGCCCAAUAUCACAAAUCACAGUUUGCCUCACAGGGCUUUACAGCAUACGACAUCCCUCUGUCCUUUGGACCCUCUCAGCGGAUAAGGAAAAACUCCCCAAAAAUAACCCUUUAACGGGGGAAAAAACGGUAGAAAUCUCAGGAAGAGCAACUGAGGAGGGAUCCCUCUUCCAGGAUGGACAGACGUGCAAUAGAUGUCGUACAGAACAGAUCAGCAUAAUAAAUUAACAGUAAUCCGUAUGACACAAUGAGACAGAGAGAGAGACAGAGAGAGAGAUGCAGGUAAUGACAGUAGCUUACAACAACAUUAUUGAAAGUAAUAAUAUU